AUGGAUCUCAACGGCCCUGCCCUCGCGCCGCCAGAUGGCGUUACCCCGAACUUCGACAAUCCGCCAAAUAACAACGCCCUCGCCAUUGGAGUACUAUCAGCAUGUGCUGCUGUUUCUACAAUAUGCCUUUUUAUACGUGCCUAUGGUCGCAUCUGGUUAUUAAGAAAGGUGCAAAUUGAAGAAGGGUAUUUCGUUCACCAAUGGAAUAUUCGGUUGAAGGAUAUGAUCCUUAUUCAAUAUGAUGCUGCCGGUUAUUCGCUCCAAGAGGCCACAGAUCCGAGGGCUAUUUUUGGUGGGGCUGGAAUUGGCAUCGUGGUCUCCUUGAAUAUGCAGUGCAUUCCUCACAGUGCAAUCUGGGAUAUCACCAUCCUGGCGACUAGCAAAUGCUUUGACUUGUACAAGUUACAAGUGGCAUCCGCUAGCAUUCAGCUGAUCUCCGAUGUGGCCAUUCUGCUCUUGCCACAACAACCUAUCUGGAGUCUCAAGAUGACCUGGCGAAAGCGGAUGGGUGUCUCCAUUAUCUUUAGCUUCGGCUUGCUCGCAUGUAUUUCCGCAGUCUUCCGGCUCGAAACCACAAUCACGCAUGGCAAGGCGGCAGAUGCUAUUUGGACGUUGCCGCCGCUGGCCUUCUGGGCAACAGCCGAAAUGACAUGUGGCUUUUUUAUCGUUGCUCUGCCGUGCAUUCCAAAGAUCCUGAAGGAAACAGGACUCGGGGUUAAAAUGAAGAGGGUCUUCGGCAUGUCUACCUCAGGGAACACAUCUAAGCGGGCUUGGGAGAGUGAAGGAACCGGGAAGUCGAGCGAUCAAAGCAGAUUGAGGGGAACCACAGCCAGUAAUGCCUACUACAAGCUGGAUCCCCUGAAGCCAUCUGAAUCCACGGAGUACCUGCAAAAUGGUGCAAAUGACGACGGAAUCGUACGCACGACUCGGAUUACGGUGACACAGGACGAGGACCGCAAGUAUAUGUAUCCAUGA